AUGACCCUCCUCUGGCCGACGCACAAGGUCCUGUGCGGGCGCGACCCGACCCUCUUCUACCUCCCGCCGCUCACGCCCGCCGAGCUCGCCACCAUGAACAACGUCAAGGACCGACUAGUCGAGGGCUCGAGCAUCUCGGGUACGUUGGCGCAGUACGCUCGGCGCGAUCCGCACGCGGCGACGGUCGAGGUCUUCCUCAUCCUCAUUGCGCUCGAGCCCGGCUCCAACCGCCUCAUCAAUCUCAACUACCACCUGCACUACCUCGUCCAUGCCUACUUGAGCCUCGAGCAAGCUCGCCUCGACGCAGAAAAAGCCGGCGAUGCCGCCGCCGCCGCCGCAGCGCGCUCGCCGUGGCUCACGUUCGCGCACGGGUACCCUGCCCUGCGCGACGUCUACACUCGAGCUCGUGACAUCUACGAGCGCGACCCGAGUACCUCGGCCGCCGCCGCCGCCGACACGUCGAGCAUCUUCUCGGACCUCAACCUCUUCCUCCGCCGCGACAUCGUCCACGCGACCCUCCUCUUCCAGGCCUCGCGCCCGAGCCCGCGCAUCGACAUGUCGGAGGUCCUCACGCUGCGAGGCCGCAGUGCCGAGCGCAGCCUGCGCGACCUGAGGACGUCGACGCUCCCGCAGGGGGUCCAAGCGGCGCUCAUCGCGCACUACCGGGACGAGCGCGAGAGUGUGCAGAGGAGGCUCGAGGAGAUGAGCGAGGGGUGA